AUGGUGAUUUGUAAAUUGGUACUAGUGCCCGAGGAAAAGAUGAGCGCGUCGACGGAAAAUCUCAAUGUUCAAUACUUCAGUUUUUCGAAGUUGCUCAUGAAAUAUUCCAUAUCUGAUGCUCGACUGUGGAUUUACAUGAAAGCAGACAGAAGUGCUGAAGAAAUAUUCGAUCAUCUCGAUACAGAGAGGCCAAGUCGGCGGCGGAUCCCGGUGUACAAAGUACCCAAGCCACCGGCUGGGUACGAAUUUCGGUCAGAAAGCCCGAUCCUGACCCAGGUCGGCAACGUGACGAAGCCGUACUACAAGAACAACUGGGUCAGCCUGGAUGUCAGGUCACUCGUGCAGGACUGGUUCAAGGACCCCACCACCAACUACGGGAUUAUCAUCGGUGGACCCGGCGAAUCCGACAGCAGUUUCGUCGUUGCCAGAGCUGCGAAUGUCACGUCAACGCACGGUCAUGAGGAGGGGAAUGUGCCGUACUUGGAGAUUCAAGUCAGCGAGCAUAAUCGACGAACCCGCACGAAGCGAAAUGUCGGGCUCGAUUGCGACGAUUCUUUGCGAAACAAAAAUCUCUGCUGCCGACAUCCCCUCGUUGUCGAUUUCGAAACCAUUGGCUGGGAUUGGAUCAUUGCACCCAGAAGCUACCACGCUUUCCAUUGCGCCGGUUAUUGCGAGCCUCUGCACAUGCCGGAAUACCAUCACACCAUCAUCGUCGGCCAGAAGCUGAUUGUCGACACCGACAUCAACGGCUACGAUCCGAGAAGCAUCUACGGCAACAGGCCUCCACCUGUCGCGUGUUGCGCCCCGAAAAAGCUUUCCGCUCUUUCCCUGCUUCACUUCACCCCGGACAGCGAGAUCAUCGUGUCCAAAGUCCCGGAAAUGAUCACGGAUUCCUGUACUUGCGCCUGAGGAUCUUCUCGCUUGAAGUCACGGCCUUCGUCCUGGGCACUCAAUUUUUUGAAAGAAAACAAAAAUGCGACCAGUCAAGAGAUUCGCAGAGAGCUUCAGUGUGUCCGGAAAUGCGCUUCGUUUUGAUUCCUGCUGUAAAAAAAAAAACUGACUCGAAAGUUGUGUAACUAUCCCAAUUUUCUUGGAAUGCAUCAGUGGGAUGUGCUUGAGAUGCUGUAGGUGUGGCGAACGCUCUUUUCCUCGCUGCUGCGAUAAAAAAAAAAAGCCUGGCUUCUUAUUUAGCUCCGAUUUGUGGAUGAGAGAAUUUUAGUGUGUGUGGGCAUUUGCGCGGAAGGAAUCUCUGCGAUACCUCAAGUAUACAAGAUGUUCGGCGAGGAAAAUGGAAUUCAGGGAAACAUACAUUUAUUCAUUUCUCGAUUAAAUUUCCGCUCGAAAAUUAUCCCGAAUUUCGCAAUACGCAGCAGCUUCCGACUCAAAUCGUCAGAUAAUAACGACAAACCUCUCACGGUUGAUACCCUUGGAAAAUUCCGUAGUACUGCUUAAAGUUGAGGAUCCCCCGAUUGCUUGAUUGGAAUAUAAAAAAAGAACGAGCAGAUAGUACAAAUUUUUAUUCAUGAGAGUAAUGGAAACUCGAAAUGCAGUGUUAAAAUGUACAGGUGGAAAAUGAAAAGAAGGUCGAAGAAGGUUGAAAAUUGUUACUGUCGAAGUCUAUGCUUCAUUUUGGUCGAUUCUUCCUAGGAUUUAUAAUGAACGAAAUGCACUGAAACUUUCAUCUUUUAUUUUGUUUUGUUUGAAUUCUCUGGAAAGACAGUGCUGAGAAGAUUGACUUGGUGAUUCUGAAAAUGGCUUUGUUUGCGGGAAAAUGGAAAGAGAGAACUUUGUCGGAUUAAAAUCGCAAAGUGACGCUCAAAUGCGGUAAUUACAAAUAGCUUUCUGGAGGGUGUAUCAAAAAAAAAGAGUAGAAAAGUGGGAAUCGUGAGAAAAGGGCGGUUUUGCCAUCUGCUCUGAAAGGUUGUUGAUGUCCGUAACUAUGAGUGAAUAUUUGUCUGGAUAGAGGAUUAGUAGACAUUUUGGUAAUUUUUUUUUCUCCACGCAUCCAUUCGAUUUGAAAAAAAAAAUAGGCACGCAAAUUCCAUCAUUCCAGCAAUGGAACUUGGAUCCCAUCAGAAAUAUGCGAGAGUUUUAAAUACGAUUUUCUUUUGUUCUCCUCUGUUUGCAUGCAGUCCCCUCGGCGCAUUCUUCAGCUGUAUCUCCCGUCGUUGUUUUUAAAUUAAAAAAAAGAAAAUUCACUUCGGAUGUUAUAGAAAAGGCAGCAGAGAGCGAUUCGGAAGCGUCGCAUUUGAUGGGAUGUCAAUGGCGGAAGUUAUAAGCGGCGAAUCGAUGAUGGGAAUAAAGAACCUUCAAAUAA